AUGUGCAGACCUCAGACGGACCAUGUGCAGACCUCAGAUGGACCAUAUGCAGACCUCAGACUGACCAUAUGCAGACCUAAGACGGACCAUGUGCAGACCUCAGACGGACCAUGUGCAGACCUAAGACGGACCAUGUGCAGACCUCAGAUGGACCAUGAUGAAGAGGAGGAGGAGGAGGAGGAGGAGGCGCAGCAGAGGAGCUCAGCGCUGGGAAAAACCUCCUUCAAUUAUUUACUUCCUGCUCAGAAAAACACUUUCCACAGAACCAUCUCCCUCUGUUUCCUACAGGGACUUUAUGGUCUCUACGACCAGGAGGAGCCGAGGAGGAGGGGGAGGAAGAGGAGAGGGGGAGGAAGAGGAGAGGGGGAGGAGGAGGAGAGGGGGAGGAAGAGGAGAGGGGGAGGAAGAGGAGAGGGGGAGGAGGAGGAGGUGGAGAGGAGAUGGGGAGGAGAGGAGGAGGAGAGGAGAGGGGGAGGAGGUGGAGGAGAGGAGAGGAGGAGGAGGAGAGGAGGAGGAGAGGAGAGGGGGAGGAAGAGGAGGAGAGGAGAGGAGGAGGAGAUCUGGCAGAUCCUCGUUCUACAGCCUGACUCCUGGAUCUCACCAGGGAGAGAAGAGAGAGAGAGCAGAGGGAAGAGAGAGGAGAGAGAGGAGAGAGAGGAGAGGGAAGAGAGAGGAGAGAGAGAAGAGAGAGGAGAGAGAGAAGAAAGGAGAGGGAAGAGAGAUGGAGGGAGGAGGAGGAGGAGAGAGUCUGGGGGGAGGAGGAGGAGAGAGUCUGGGGGGAGGAGGAGGAGAGAGUCUGGGGGGAGGAGGAGGAGAGAGUCUGGGGGGAGGAGGAGGAGAGAGUCUGGGUGGAGGAGGAGGAGAGAGUCUGGGGGGGAGGAGGAGGAGAGAGUCUGGGGGAGGAGGAGGAGAGAGUCUGGGGGGGAGGAGGAGGAGAGAGUCUGGGGGGAGGAGGAGGAGAGAGUCUGGGGGGAGGAGGAGGAGAGAGUCUGGGGGGAGGAGGAGGAGAGAGUCUGGGGGGGAGGAGGAGGAGAGAGUCUGGGGGGAGGAGGAGGAGAGAGUCUGGGGGGAGGAGGAGGAGAGAGUCUGGGAGAGGAGGAGGAGAGAGUCUGGGAGAGGAGAAGGAGAGAGUCUGGGGGGAGGAGGAGGAGAGAGUCUGGGGGGAGGAGGAGGAGAGAGUCUGGGGGGAGGAGGAGGAGAGAGUCUGGGGGGGAGGAGGAGGAGAGAGUCUGGGGGGAGGAGGAGGAGAGAGUCUGGGGGGAGGAGGAGGAGAGAGUCUGGGGGGAGGAGGAGGAGAGAGUCUGGGGGGGAGGAGGAGGAGAGAGUCUGGGGGGGAGGAGGAGGAGAGAGUCUGGGGGGGAGGAGGAGGAGAGAGUCUGGGGGGAGGAGGAGGAGAGAGUCUGGGGGGAGGAGGAGGAGAGAGUCUGGGGGGGAGGAGGAGGAGAGAGUCUGGGGGGAGGAGGAGGAGAGAGUCUGGGGGGAGGAGGAGGAGAGAGUCUGGGGGGGAGGAGGAGGAGAGAGUCUGGGGGGAGGAGGAGGAGAGAGUCUGGGGGGAGGAGGAGGAGAGAGUCUGGGGGGAGGAGGAGGAGAGAGUCUGGGGGGGAGGAGGAGGAGAGAGUCUGGGGGGGAGGAGGAGGAGAGAGUCUGGGGGGGAGGAGGAGGAGAGAGUCUGGGGGGAGGAGGAGGAGAGAGUCUGGGGGGCCUGUUGUGAACACAGAGCCUCUGGUCCUGAGCUGCUUCUGUCGCUCUACAGCCUCCUCUGGGAAAUCAACACUACUUCCUGUUCUGGACAUGAUAUGUGAGAGGGAGGGGGGGGAGAGGGGGGAGAGGGUGGGGGAGAGGGGGGGGGGAGAGGGGGAGAGGGGGGGGGGAGAGGGGGGGGAGAGGAAGGGAGAGGGAGGAGAGAGGAGAGCGAGGAGGCGACAGCAGGAAGAGUUGAGAGCGAUCUCUUCAGACGACUAA